AUGUUACAAAGGGCUGCAAGCAAUGCCUACUCAUGGUGGUGGGCAAGCCACAUUAGGACUAAGCAAUCCAAAUGGCUUGAAGAGAGCCUUCAAGAUAUGGAGGAAAAGGUGUUUCACAUGGUGAAGCUCAUUUCUGAAGACGGAGACUCGUUUGCAAAAAGAGCAGAGAUGUACUACAAGAGACGGCCGGAGCUUAUAAACUUCAUCGAAGAAUCUUAUCGCGCUUUUAGGUCGUUGGCGGAGAGGUACGACAAGUUAUCCAAGGAUUUGCAGAGCGCAAACCAUACUCUAGCCACUCUCUGCCCUGAACAAUUUCAGAUGGAGAUGGAUGAAGACGAGGAGUUCGGCUCACCUAAAGCCCGCCGGAACUUCCGGCCAGUCCAGCGCCCGGGGACGAACAUCCCGAAGGCGCCGGCUAAGAAACUGAAAGUGGUUAUAACAACCGCGGCCGUGUCUAACAAACUGCAGCCGAAGAAACCGGAGACGCCGGAGAUUGUGAAGAAAACUACUCCGAAAUCGGGACUGACGAUGAACCAAGCAACCGAGGAGAUCGAUAAGCUGCAGAAGGAGAUUCUGAAGCUGCAAACCUCGAAGGAGUUCGUGAAGAAUUCGUUCCAGAGCGGGCAAGCCAGGUACAAGGGGAUGGAGAAUCAGAUCGAUGAAAUGCAGCAGAGAGUGUGCAAAUUGCAGGACGAAUUCGGGGUGAGUAAGGCGAUCGAGGACGAGGAGGCGCGGACUUUGAUGGCGGAAACCGCGCUGAAAUCAUGCCGAGAAACCCUAGCGGAGCUGCUGGAGAAGCAGGUGAGAGCCGCGAGAGAGGCGAAAGAAGAAUACAAGAAGCUUGAAGACGCUCGCAAGAGGAUGAAUUCUCUCGAGAUUCCGGAUCUUUUUAAUCAGAAGACGGAAUCAAGCGAAAAAGGCACUAGUGACCUGGUUUACAAGUCAGAAACCUCGAGAAAAGAAGUGAGUGAAGCCAUAGAAUCAUUGCAGGAGAAAAUCAAGGAACAGCUUGAUGGAAACUCCAUUGAAUCUCUCACUGUGACUCAACUAGUAGAGAAGAUUGACGGGCUUGUGAAUAAAGUGGUAAACAUGGAAACUACAGUUUCUACUCAGACAAUUCUGAUAGACAGAUUGAGAGGAGAAGCCGUUGAUUUCCAGAAAAAGAUUAAGAACUUUGAGGAGGUCAACAAGGCAACAACAACAGUCUCCAAAGAAAAUCUCACCACCCAAGUAGAGGAUAUAGAGAAAAGGUGGAAUGAUAUCAGGAAUAUAAACCAAGAUCUUGAAAACCACAACAGCACCCUCAGGACUAGCAUUGCUGAAGCACGCUGCAAUCUUGAUCAAUUGUCUGAGAAACUGAAUACUGUGAAAUCAGACGAGGAAGACGAAGAGGAGGAGGGUACAGAUUCACCACAAAGUGAAGCCGAGUCCCUUUCUGAAUUCGAUCCAAAGGAAAAUAUUGAAAAGAAAGCAGAAGAUCCUCUGGGUUCAGGCGAUCAUUCUUUAACUUCAACCUCCAGUGCCUCCUCUGUAACAGGAGGAGAGCAAGAAGUUAAAACAGAAGCUGAAAAGCAAGAUCCCAAUGCCUCCUCUGUAACAGGAGGAGAGCAAGAAGUUAAAACAGAAGCUGAAAAGCAAGAUCCCAAUGCAGCUGCUACUGUUGCUAAAAAAGAAGAGGAAGAUGCAGCAUCAAAGAAAAUUGAGGAGACUCUGGAUAAAGCAGCACCAAAGAAAAUUGAGAAGACUCUGGAUAAAUUUGCAUCAAAGAAAAAUGAGAAGACUCUGGAUAAAUUUGCAUCAAAGAAAAAUGAGAAGACUCUGGAUAAAUUUGCAUCAAAGAAAAAUGAGAAGACUCUGGAUAAAUUAGGAUCAAAGACAAUAGAGAAGACUCUGGAUAAAUUAGGAUCAAAGACAAUAGAGAAGACUCUGGAUAAAUUAGGAUCAAAGACAAUAGAGAAGACUGGGAGUAAAGCAGCAUCAAAGAAAAUUGAGAAGACGGAGACGAGUACUUCGCCUCAAUCUGGAGAUAGUGAUUCGAGGAAGGAAGCAGAAAUAAUCAUGGAUAACGAAGAUGAUGCAGACUGGCGGGAGGCAUUGUUGAACGGGAUGGGGGACAAAGAAAGAGCUAUGCUAAAAGAAUAUAAAACGGUUCUCAGGAGUUAUAAAGAGCUGAAGAAGAGGCUGGCAGAAAUGGAGAAGAAAGAUAGGGACUGCGAGUUUGAAUUCACAUUGCAGAUUAGGGAGUUGAAAACUGCAAUUGCAAAGAGGGAUGAAGAGAUUCACCAAUUACGUCAAAAGGUGAAUGCUGACAACAAAGAAUCAAAGGAAGUGAAGCCACCACCACCAGCACCUGUUCUAACUGCAAAAGCACCAGAAUCAAGAACCCAGUCCUCAGAAGAUGAGGAUAAUGAUGAUGAUGAAUAUGAUGACUUCAAGAUACCCACCAUGCAUAAACCUGCGCUCUCCCCCGUAGAAGAAAAGCUCCGGAUGGAAAUUGAUGCAAUACUAGACGAAAAUCUGGAGUUCUGGCUAAGGUUCAGCUCCUCGUUUCAUCAGGUACAGAAAUUCAAGACAACAGUCCAGGAUUUGCAGCAUGAACUAUCCAAAGUCAAACAAAAGAAAUCAACGCAAGAAAACUGUGUUGAGACACAAGAUCUCAGAACAGAGGUCCGCCCAAUAUUCAAACACCUUAGGGAGAUACACACCGAACUUACAGUAUGGGUAGACCAAAGCGUGGCACUGAAGGAUGAACUUAAGCGCAGGUCAUCAUCUCUGUAUCACAUCCAGGAGGAAAUCACGAAAGCUCUGAAAGAAGGAGUUGAAGGCGAAGAAAUCCAAUUCAGCAGUCACCAAGCUGCAAAGUUCCAAGGUGAAGUCCUGAACAUGAAGCAAGAAAACAACAAAGUCAGUGAGGAACUGCAAGCAGGAGUGGAUCAUGUAACCAUACUUCAAUUGGAUGUGGAGAAGACACUCAAAAGGCUGGGCCAGGAGUUUGGGCUUGGUGGAGGUAAACCAAACUUGACACACUCAACAAGUAAAAAUAAAAUUCCUCUAGGCUCAUUCAUUUUUGGAAACAAACCCCCCAAGAAACAGAAGAAAUCUGUUUUUGGAUCCUUUAAUCCCAACAAAAAGUACCAGGGCUUGAAAGAGCUGUUAUAGAUCUUUCUUGAUCUAUUAAUUUUUUC